ACGGCUGCUCGGUGACUGAAUGGUGACCACGGCUGCGCGGAGCGGAGGAAGCUGUAGGUGAUGCUCGAUUCGCUCUCAGGGGACUGCCCGCCUCUGCCGACGCCGGAGCGCCUGGCCUCCGCCUCCAACUGCGGCAGCGCCCCCUCCUCACCUCCCUCACCCCCUUCCUGGCGGUUCCUGGAUGUGGGUGUUGCUUUCAUUCUUUCUUGUUGUUCAGAUCUGCAUCAGUCUGUUUAGGAGUAGAACGCAAACAAUGGUGGCUGCAUGUGCUCGUUUAAAUCACAUGAUCGAGUUGGUAGGAACUCCAGACUCUGCGUGGUGCGAUUCUCCAGCCUGCCAUGCCCAUGCAGCUUGGUCGAGCUUUGUGCCCUUCAACAUUCAUAUUUACUCUAUCCACAAGAUCACUUGGAGUGGAGGAAAUUUGCUGCUAGCCUACUAAGUGCUACAAAAGUGUUGUUCCGUGCCUGCCUAAUUGUGCAAUAUGUAAAUAUAAUUAUUGUGCACUGUUAUAAUUAGUUGUUGUACUAAUUAACAAUUGAUGCAAUUUCUUGGAAAUGGUCUUUAUUUUUUGUUUGU